GAACGAAAACACGUCAGAGUUGAUAUUUGUCGAAAAUCGCAACAGUUGGUGUGCAUCGCAGCAAACAGAGCCGCCGAGUCGUUGACCGACGUAACCGAAGGGCCCCAGGUAUAAAAUUCGAACGGCCCGCCAAACGAACACGGGCCAGCUGCAUUUGCCGGGCGCUCCGCAUAUGGGGGCCACGCGCAAGUCUACACCCAAUCACCGACACCCGGCCUCAGUCCGACUUGGCGAGGCGGCGCCCCACAUUGUCCACAUCGCAUCCCGGUCGCCCGGUUUUCUAGUGUGCCGUACGAUUUGACACCAGUCACCCUUCAAAAAGUGCGGGAUGGACGCGACGGAGGCCUGGAGGAGUUACGCAACGAUUUGCAGGCUCUGUCUGCAAAAGGACGGGUUCAUGCUCGGCAUUUUCAAUCACAUACAGGGAAGGGACAGGAGCAUUUACAAGAAGAUCAUGGAUUGCACCGCACUGCAAGUGUCUUACGGAGAUGGUUUACCGAACGUGAUUUGCCACCGUUGCCUUUACAAAAUUGAGUUCUGUCUCGAGUUCCGACAGCAAUGCCUAAUGUCUGAUGCCACCCUGCGUCAGAUAAACGGCGUGAGCCGGGAAAACGGUACCGCUCUGCCGCUUUACGAACAGCUGGCCAACGGCAACGACGAGAACGUGGUGAUGGUCGUCGAUCCGACCGCCAUGGACUACGAUUCGGAGUACGAGACCGAGAACGAGAGGCAGAGCGACAACGAGAACGUGGAGAACAACGAGGGCUUCGAGUGCAGGAACGUCAUCAUGUGCAAGUUUUGCGAUCACGCCUUCACCGACAAGACGGAGUGCGAGGAGCACGAGGUGACGGCCCACGACAACAAGGUGCCCUACUGUUGCACCGAUUGCAGCAUGGACUUCUCGGAUCGGCUGCAAUACACUGCGCAUCUGAAGAGCGUCCAUCAGAACGACAAGCCGUACAAUUGUCCACAGUGUCACAGGACUUUCGCCAGGAGGUCUGACCUGAGGAAGCACACUGUCGUUCACACGGGAAUCAAACCGUUCACGUGCACCAUUUGCUUCAAAUCGUUCUCGAGGAACACGAACUUAUCAAAACACAUGCGGAUCCACUCCGGACAGAAGCCGUUCGUUUGUCCGAAGUGUCCGAAGACGUUCAUUUCCAAGGGAGAUCUGACCAGACACGCGAUUAUACAUUCGGGUCAGAAACCUUUCAGUUGUAAUUAUUGUAGUUUGAGUUUUGGUAGGAAGGACAAGUUGUUGAGACAUGAAAAGAAGCAUUUCGUUCAGGAGAAUUCCGACAAGACUCAAGAGUUGAACAAGAUGCGAGAAAAUUUGGGCAUGGGUGAAUUCGACUACGACGUCCCGAAGACUGACAUUAACGAACCCAUUGAAGAACAACCAGAAGGUGACAAUUCUGAAAACAUGGUGAUACAACUGGAUCCGUUCAACCACAACAACUUCAACGACACACCACAAAGGGAACAAAACGAUGACAGUGAACCGGUCGACAAUGACGUCGAUUAUCCUCCGGUUCCGGAUCACAUGAACGACAGUAUUGAGGAAUCCGAUUUUCCACAUGUGCCUGAACACGUAACCGGCGACAAUUUAGACGGCCCGUCCAACAGUCCCCUGUCGAAAAAUUUCGCCUGCACCACCUGCAACAAGAAAUUCCUCACGUCGCACAACCUACUCUACCACCAAGCCUCCCACACCGGAAACAGACCGUUCGCUUGCAACACAUGUAACAAGAGUUUCAUCAGGAAGAGGGAGCUGGACAGACACAUGACCACUCACACGGGCAUGAAACCGUUCAAAUGCGACAAGUGCAACAAGAGUUUCGGCAGGAAGGAUAAGUUGGUCAGACAUGCGCGAAUCCACGACAUAAACAGGGAACACAAUUGUGACACGUGCGGGGCCUUAUUCACUCGCAAAGACGCUUUGAUUGCCCACAUGAAGACCCAUAUUAAAGAUGAAGAUGACAUGUGAUUGCUGUUCUGAUGCCGUUUGCACAAUUGUUUAACCACUCUUGGUUAUUGUUUAUUGUAUAGAGUAUUUAAAAAUAAGAUGUUGUUCUGUAAAAUUAAAUAUUUUUUGUACAUGCAUAUUUAUUGUCUAGUUUUAAUAGAUACCUGUAUGUUUUUUUUGGAAUUUUGUAUAAAAAUAAAUCUGAAAUGUGUUCAGGACCUUUUA